CCUAUUUCCAUGUGUACUGAGAGUUGCCUCCCUGGUUAUUUUAAGAAAAAACAAGAGGCAAAGCCAUUUUGCUGCUAUGAUUGUCUUCGAUGUCCCAAAGAGAAAAUGGCAAGUCAGAAAGACAUGGAUGACUGUUUGAAAUGCCCAGAAGAUCAAUAUCCAAAUAAGAACCAAACUUCAUGUAUUCUUAAGAAAAUAACUUUCUUGUCUUUUGAAGAACCAAUGGGAAUAAGCAUGGUUGUUUUGGUACUUUUCUUUUCUCUCUGCACAAUUAUGGUGCUCAGAACAUUUUUGAAGUAUCACCAUACUCCCAUAGUUAAAGCCAAUAACAGAAAUCUCUCCUACCUUCUACUCAUCUCCCUCCUCCUCUGCUUUCUUUGCUCACUGCAGUUCCUUAUUAUACCAGGUAAUAUAAUAUGCUUUCUACGACAAAUUAGUUUUGGCAUCAUCUUCUCAAUGGCGGUGUCUUCUGUGUUGGCAAAAACCAUCACUGUGGUUCUGGCAUUCAUAGCCACCAAGCCAGGAUCAAGGAUGCAGAACUGGGUAGGAAGAAGACUGGCCAUCUCCAUUGUUCUUUCUGGUUCCUUGAUUCAAAUAGGUAUCUGUAUGGUGUGGCUGUUCACAUUUCCUCCUUUUCCUGACCUGGACACUCAGUCAGAAAUAGAGGAAAUAAUUCUACAGUGCAGUGAAGGCUCAUCUAUCAUGUUCUACUGUGUCCUGGGAUACAUGGGCUUUCUGGCGGCUGCUAGUUUCACAGUAGCUUUUUUCUCCAGAAAUCUCCCUAGUAGUUUCAAUGAGGCCAAAUGUCUUACAUUCAGCAUGCUGAUCUUCUGCAGUGUGUGGCUCUCUUUUGUUCCAUCCUACCUGAGCACCAAAGGCAAAUAUAUGGUGGCUGUGGAGGUUUUUUCCAUUUUGGCCUCUAGUGCUGGAUUGCUGGCCUGCAUUUAUUUCCCCAAAUGCUAUAUAAUCAUUAUUAGGCCAGAACUAAACAAUAGGGAACAGCUAAUAAGGAGAAAAUAUUAA